AUGACCGCGAUUGACUUCUCUCCUGAAGAACAGGCUCCGCUGAGCCCCAGUUCACUCUUCAGCGUUGUUUCAUCGGAACUAGCUUGCACUGAAGAUCCAGCUGAGCAUACAUUCAAACAGAAAACCUCCGGUGAACGGUUGUCGGGAACCGAAAUCGACCACGUCGAACCGGCGUGCUUCUUUGAUCUCAUUGAUCAAUCGAUCUUACCGUUUUCAGCCAUCCCAGGCCUCUAUUACUUGCCCAACUUAAUAGAUCACAGGACCGAGACAGAAUGGAUGUCUGAGAUCAGCGAAUUGAACUUCUUUAACAAUCAAUCCAACAACCAAAUGAUGUUUUUCUCUCGUCCAAAUACUCCUCGACAAUUAUCAACUCAGGAUAACCAUGGUAUCCACCAGCAAGAGUUGGCAGAUCAAGAACAAUCAUUCUUGCAAUGGCCGACUUUUUUGAUUGAUCUUAUCCGUCGGUUACCAUCCAUACUUUCUACUGUGAAUCCCGAUAACCUUGACCACCUGAACGAUCUAUUUUUUGGAUCUGAGAAGGUCAACUUACCUUGGCAAGCAAUCAUCAAUCUCUACAGGCCAGGAGAGGGGAUCGAACAGCACGUAGAUUUGGUGGAAAGGUUUGACGAAGUUAUUCUGGGAAUCUCUCUUGGAUCUAAUGUCGCUAUGCAGUUCGAGCCCGUCGGUCAACGUGAGAAAAACGUCAGUCGGCAACUUUACCUUGCGCAACGAUCUGGUUACAUCAUUGCUCGGGACGCACGCUAUGAUUGGACGCACGGGAUUCGAGCAAAUCAACUGUACGACUGGGUUUGUGACUCCUCGAGUCAUGAAACGAGGAAGAUCAUGCGAAUGAGAACGCGAGUCAGCAUCACAAUACGAAGAUUAAAGCAUAGUGCGGACUUGCUGAAGGAUUCAUAA